AUGCCGCAGUACUUUCUCCGCUCCUCUAUGGAGCAUCUGACGUUCCGCAUUCCGGAGCUGCUCAGUAUCGGCAAGCUGUUCGACUUCCCUAUCCGCUUCAUUACGCCCGAGGAAGACCUGCAGCGCGGCGUCAUCGUCAUCGAGCUCGACGAUGAGAAGCACAUCCAGCAUAUCCUUGACCGCUCCAUCCUCACUAUCUCCGCGAACGAGCUCUACGCGAACGCGACCAACUAUGACGACCUCCACGCGCGGCUGCAGGAGCGAAGACAGCUUUUCGACCCGGACAUGGACACCAGCUUCCGCAUUACGGUCGAGUGCGUGAACAACCGCGCCCUGAACAAGCGUGCUCGCGAGAUCAUCAACUCGUUCGCGUGGACCGGCCUCAGGGGCAAGAUUGAGCUGGAGAACCCCGAUGUCGAGUUUGUCGUGCUUGAGGACUACGACUUCGUGACGAUUCACACAAAGGAUGAGCGCCUGAAGCGUGACGGCAAGUUCGAGCACGUCUACUUCGGCAAGCGGAUUGGCGUCUCUCGUGCGCGCCCGCUGAUCAACGUGCACGACAUCAAGAAGCGUGCAUUCUUCGGGAACACCUCGAUGGAGGCGGAGAUGGGUCUGCUGACGGCGGGUCAGACGCUUCCCGCUCCGGGCAAGAUCAUGUACGACCCCUUCGUUGGCACGGGAUCGCUCCUGUACGCUGUCGCGCACUGGGGCUCGUACGUACUCGGCUCUGACAUUGAUGCGCGCCAGUUCAGGGGAAAACAGAAGGGCAAGGAUGUGACGCCCGGUAUCCUCAGGAGUGCGGAGCAGUACGGUGUCAGGGACAAGUUCAUCGACACGCCGUGCUUCGACGUGACCCAGGGACCGUGGAGGAGAGGAGGCUGGCUCGAUGCGAUUGUGACGGACCCGCCUUACGGCGUGCGUGCGGGCGCGAAGAGGACGGGCAAGUCAGCGACAAGAAAGCGCAACCAGCUCCGUGACGAGCCCUUCAUGCUUCCCGAUGGAACAUGGUCGCACGAGAAGGAGGGCUAUCUGCCACCGUCAAAGGCGUACGAGCUCGUCGACCUGGCGCAGGACCUGGUGCAACUCGCGCGCUACAUGCUGGUACCGGGAGGAAGACUGGUCUUCUUCCUGCCAACGAUUUCGGACGAGUUCGAGCACGUCGACGUGCCCGUCGUCGAGGGCAUGCGCGAGGUCAAAUUUGGAGACGGCUCGGUGCAGGACUUUGGACGCUGGGGUCGCCGCCUCAUCACGAUGGAGAAGACGGCGCAGGACGACGGACCUCCCCCCACGUUCGGAGACCACUCGGACCUCAUCGGCGAGGACCGCAUCCCGGCGCACCACCAGUUUGCCAAGCGGUACUUUGAGAAGCCCGAGCGGCCCGAGAAGCCGCAGUGGACCGCUCCCGGCGCGGCUCUUAAGGCGGACACGGUCGAGGCUGUGACUGCCGAGACCGAGAAGCUCGCCGUCUAG